CCCCAGCUGCUCUAUUACCGUAAUGCACCAUGUUUGCGCGAAGCUCAUCAGUAAGAGAGCGCUGUCUUUGGCUCACUUGACCGCAGCUCAGAGGCGGUGUUUACACCGAAAACCCGUCACACAGUCAGGGAGAUCCGCGACCCGCAGGCAAACAUGGUGAACUUCACUGUGGAUCAGAUCCGUGCCAUCAUGGACAAGAAGUCCAACAUCAGGAACAUGUCUGUGAUUGCCCACGUGGAUCACGGGAAGUCCACGCUGACUGACUCUCUGGUGUCCAAGGCGGGGAUCAUUGCCUCAUCCCGUGCCGGGGAAACCCGUUUCACAGACACCCGCAAGGACGAGCAGGAGCGCUGCAUCACCAUCAAGUCAACGGCUAUCUCCAUGUACUAUGAGCUUGGAGACAACGACUUGGCGUUCAUCAAGCAGAGUAAAGAUGGAAACGGCUUCCUCAUUAACCUGAUAGAUUCUCCGGGUCACGUUGAUUUCUCCUCUGAGGUCACCGCUGCCCUCAGAGUAACUGAUGGAGCCCUGGUGGUGGUCGAUUGUGUUUCAGGUGUGUGCGUGCAGACUGAGACUGUGCUGCGACAAGCCAUUGCAGAACGAAUCAAACCGGUUCUGAUGAUGAACAAGAUGGACCGGGCCUUGCUGGAGCUGCAGCUGGAAACAGAUGAGCUGUACCAAACAUUUCAGCGCAUCGUGGAGAACGUCAACGUUAUAAUCUCCACCUACGGGGAAGAUGAGGGCGGACCCAUGGGGAAUAUCAUGAUCGACCCUGUGAUUGGUACUGUUGGGUUCGGUUCUGGGCUCCAUGGCUGGGCUUUCACAUUGAAGCAGUUUGCUGAGAUGUACGUGGCCAAGUUCACAGCUAAAGGAGUCUCUCAGCUGUCACCAGUGGAGAGGUGUAAGAAAGUGGAGGACAUGAUGAAGAAACUGUGGGGAGACAGAUACUUUGAUCCGAGUGCCGGUAAAUUCAGUAAGACGGCCACGGGUCCUGAUGGUCAGAAGUUCCCUCGAACAUUUUGCCAGCUUGUUUUGGAUCCCAUUUUUAAGGUGUUUGAUGCCAUCAUGAAUUUCAAAAAGGAAGAAACAGCCAAACUAAUCGACAAGCUGGAUGUGAAGCUGGACACCGAGGACAAGGAGAAGGAGGGCAAGGCCCUGCUCAAGGCUGUGAUGCGCCGCUGGCUGCCUGCUGGAGAAGCCUUGCUCCAGAUGAUCACCAUCCAUCUCCCCUCACCCGUCACCGCGCAGAAAUACCGCUGUGAGCUGCUGUACGAAGGACCAGGAGACGAUGAAGCUGCUAUGGGUAUUAAGAACUGUGAUCCCAAGGCUCCUUUGAUGAUGUACAUUUCCAAGAUGGUCCCUACAAGUGACAAGGGACGCUUCUACGCCUUUGGUCGUGUGUUUUCUGGCUGUGUGUCCACAGGACUGAAGGUGCGCAUCAUGGGGCCAAACUUCACCCCUGGCAAGAAGGAAGACCUCUACAUCAAACCCAUCCAGAGGACUAUUCUGAUGAUGGGUCGGUAUGUGGAGCCCAUUGAAGAUGUCCCAUGUGGCAACAUCGUGGGUCUGGUUGGAGUUGACCAGUUCCUGGUUAAGACUGGAACCAUUACCACCUAUGAACAGGCCCACAACAUGAGGGUGAUGAAGUUCAGCGUGAGUCCUGUGGUCAGAGUUGCUGUGGAGGCUAAGAAUCCAGCUGAUUUGCCCAAGCUGGUAGAGGGCCUGAAACGUCUGGCCAAGUCCGACCCCAUGGUGCAGUGCAUCAUCGAGGAGUCCGGGGAGCACAUUAUCGCUGGAGCCGGGGAGCUGCACCUGGAGAUCUGCCUUAAGGACCUGGAGGAGGACCACGCCUGCAUUCCACUGAAGAAAUCCGACCCAGUGGUGUCCUACAGAGAGACGGUGACCGAAGAAUCAGACCAGAUGUGUCUGUCCAAGUCCCCUAACAAGCACAAUCGUCUCUUCAUGAAGUCCCGUCCAUUCCCAGAUGGCCUUGCUGAAGACAUCGAGAAGGGGGAUGUCACCGCUCGGCAGGAGCUUAAGGCUCGUGCGCGUUACCUGGCCGACAAAUACGAGUGGGAGGUGACAGAAGCCAGGAAGAUCUGGUGUUUCGGUCCAGAUGGAACCGGACCCAACCUCCUGAUAGACGUAACGAAGGGAGUUCAGUACCUCAAUGAGAUCAAGGACAGCGUUGUGGCUGGUUUCCAGUGGGCAACCAAAGAGGGCGCACUGUGUGAAGAAAACAUGCGUGCAGUCCGGUUCGACAUCCAUGACGUUACAUUGCAUACAGACGCCAUUCAUCGUGGUGGAGGACAGAUCAUUCCCACCGCUCGUAGGGUUCUGUACGCCUGCCAGCUCACCGCUCAGCCUCGACUCAUGGAGCCCGUUUAUCUGGUGGAGAUACAGUGCCCUGAGCAGGUGGUUGGUGGUAUCUACGGCGUGCUAAACAGGAAACGUGGACACGUGUUCGAGGAAUCUCAAGUUAUGGGAACUCCCAUGUUUGUGGUGAAAGCCUACCUGCCAGUCAACGAAUCCUUUGGGUUCACCGCUGACCUGCGCAGUAAUACCGGGGGCCAGGCUUUCCCUCAGUGUGUCUUUGAUCACUGGCAGAUCCUGCAGGGAGACCCCAGCGACCCUACCAGCAAACCCUUCCAAGUCGUCGGUGAAAUUAGGAAACGCAAGGGUCUAAAAGAGGGCAUACCUGCCCUUGAUAACUACUUGGACAAAUUGUAAAAAUAAAUCAGUUUAAAAAUAACACUAAUCCUGAAUCAUAAAAAUACCAAAUAAGCACCAAACUUCACCCCAUGGGCACUUUAAACCCUUUGCACAGGCUUACAGACACAUUGCACACGUUGAAUUGACUUCCAGAGCAGAAAAACAAUGCUUUAUUUUUACUUUUUUCAUUUCACUGCUACCAGACACCAAGUGCCUGGGGGUGAGAGGUUUGGGAGGCAAUUGGAUCAAAGCAAUUAUUCCUUUACUUUCUUUUAUUCCUUCACAUCGUCAAAUCCCUUCCUUUCCUUCCACUCAUCUGCCAGGAUGGGCCUGUUUAAAUGCACUGUGAUUCUGCUGCAAUAAUGCUUACUCAAAUGGAUCAUGGCCAGAAAAAAAUACACAGAAAUCACAAUAAAGUGUAACAGACGUUAAACUUACUGGAUUGGACUUCUGUUCAGUGGAUAUAAUAAAUAAAAUUAAAUAAAAAUAACAUAAGAAUUCUGUUACUGUCUGGAAAAAUGCUUAUUUCUUUGCUGGCUGUGAGUUACUGUUCCUGUGUAUUACUAUAUGUGAAAUUAACAAAAUAUAAUGUAGAAGUACUUUAGCCUAAUCAAAACUAUUUACAAACCUAUCACAGUAAAUAAUACACGUCAUGUAUCAGCAGGAUUUUUCCUGAUUUUCUUCAUCUCCUGGUGAGAUUUUAUUAUUAUUAUUAUUAUUAUUGAUGCCUGGUGUGUUUUUAAUUUCCUAACAAACAGACAGGACCAUUUGUUGACUUGGUAAUGUGCAAAAACCGAUCUAGUUAGUGAGAAAGCAGCCAAAGUCCCCAGCAAUCUUAUCUUGAGUAACACAGUAGCUGAUACGAUCAAACAUGUUAUGGAUUCUCUCUUGGUUUUCUUUCAUUUAAAGGAGACAUAAUAUGCAAAACUCACCUUUUGCAUCAGUUUGUGCUGCCCCGUGGGCCUCUACUGCCUCUACAAACACUCCAAACGUGAAAAAAAAUCCAUCCAUCCAUUUUCUGUCAGUGGUGGUUUUAGGAAUUAUGUGCCUAAAACUAGCCAUUUGAAAAAGUCUGUUUGUGAUGUCACAAAAUGGGAAAAUAGAUUAGAACCACAUCUCACAUGCAACAGAGAGCUGCUGCUUGAAGAGCAGAUUAAUUUGAGUCCCUUCUAGAUAUUGGAGCUUCUCUGCUUAUAGCAGCCUGAGUGAGGGGUGGGUGUGUGUGGCCAACUGCAGCUUGUUUUCUUAAUGUGUCAGAGCCCUGAAACAACUCAUUCUGGAAGGUACUGAAACCAUCAAAUAAAUUGCUGAAAUUCCAUCCA